GGGGAGGAAGUGGAGCCUCGCUGUUGGUGGAACGGAGGGUGACGUCAGCGGCUUGUUGGAUUGAGGUGCUGAUUUUAAUCCCGACUCAUUAAGGAACCGAGAGCAAGUGGCUGCAUUGCUCCUUCGAGGAGAGAAAGUGACAGAUCCAGGGGACUACUUUUGACUUGAGAACUAAUUGAAAACAACUUUUUUUUUCCGCUGUUUUCGGUCUCAUGCCUCUGAGGUGUUUGUUCUAAACGUCUUGUUCUGGGAUAUCGAGCGUGCGGCCGGGUCAAGCAUGCCCACAAACGGAGUGAACAGAGCCCUGAAGCUGCAGUUUGGCCUCAUCAACUGUGAGAACCGCUACCUCACGGCCGAGGCCUUCGGCUUCAAGGUGAACGCCUCGGGUCAGAGCAUGAAGAAGAAACAGAUCUGGACCCUGGAGCACGACGGCGACGACGGCCAGGUGGUGUUCCUGCGCAGCCACCUGGGCCGCUACCUGGCCUCUGAUAAGGACGGCAAGAUCGUGUGCGGCGCCGAGAAGCCUGACCUUGAGUGCCGUUUUCUCAUCGUGCCCCAGUCAGACGGUCGCUGGGCUCUACAGUCGGAGCCCUACCUGCGUUACUUUGGUGGUUCGGCCGACUAUCUCUCCUGUUUUGCGCAGGCGAUUGGCGAACAGGAGCUGUGGGCCGUGCACUUGGCCUUGCACCCGCAGGCCAGUCUGCUCAGCGUAGCACGGAAGCGCUACGCCCACCUGUCGUCCUCGGACGGAGAGAUCUCGGUGGACAGCAACAUCCCCUGGGGAGUGGACUCCCUGGUCACCUUGGUGUACCAAGAGGGCAAGUACAGCUUGAAGACCUGCGACAGCCGCUUCCUCAGCAACGACGGCAAACUUGUCAAGGAGAACAGCAACGCCACCAGCUUCACGUUAGAGCUGAAGUCGGGCAAGCUGGCCUUUAAGGAUUGUGACGGCAAAUAUCUCACCCCCGCCGGUCCAACCGGAACGCUGAGGUCCGGCCGCUGCUCCAAACCCGGGAAAGAUGAGCUGUUUGACUUGGAGGAGAGUCAUCCACAAGUAGUUUUUCACGCGUCCAAUAAAAGAUUUGUCUCAGUGAAGCAAGGGGUGAGCAUUUCCGCUAACCAGGACGUGGAAACAGACAUGGAAACCUUCCAGAUGGAGAUCGACAAGGAGAGCAAGAAGUCUAUGUUCAGGACCAACGGGGGAUCGUACUGGACUCUGGUGACUCACGGCGAGAUACAAUCCACUGCCACUGAAGUUGAGGUCAACACCAUGUUUGAGAUCGAGUGGCGAGGCCAGAGAGUGGCCCUCAAAGCCAGCAACGGGAAGUACGUGUGCACGAAAAAGAACGGGCAGCUGUCAGCGAUCAGCGAUUCAGUAGGUACGGAUGAGCUGUUCCUGAUGAAACUCAUCAACCGGCCGAUGUUGAUUUUGCGCGGGGAGAACGGCUUCGUCUGCCACCACAAGAACUCAAACACUCUUGAUGCCAAUCGAUCCGUCUAUGACAUAUUCUCUUUGAUUUUCAAUGACGGCGCGUACAAUAUAAAAAGUGUGAACGGAAAGUUCUGGUUCGUCUCCAGCAGUGGCCUUGUGUGCUCAGACGGAGAGAAGCCAGAAGACUUUUUCCUGGAGUUCCCGGAACACGGACGCGUCGCCAUCAAGAGCUCCAGCGGCAAGUACCUCCGCGGAGACCAAGGGGGGAUCCUGAUGGGCGACGGACCCACGAUGGACGCGUCGUCUCUUUGGGAAUACUGACCAAACCAACACCAGUAAAGGACCAGCUACUCUCAUCUCCUUUAAGGUGGACUGGCUGGUUAACGUUGAUCUGCCUGUUUUAUACUAACUGCCAGGUGCCCAAUCCCAUUUCAAUUCAAUGGAAUGUCGAAAGGAGACAGUUUCCCUGUCUCCCUCUCACAAUUUUUGCAAAAGCUAGCAAGCUAACCAACACACUGCUACACGGCAUCACACACACAUGUCCACAUGAAACCAUACAUCAAGAGACGGGUCGAUAACUGAGACUAAAUUUAUGAAAAAUGACCUGCUUAGACGUCUCGGCACAACGUCCUGACCCUUUUUCUUCCGAUAAUUAUGAAAACUUGAGUCGGACUGAGUGACUGACAGAAGGCAGUACGCAGCAGUGUUUCCAUUCGCCUAAUGGACCAUUUACAGCCGCCGUAAAAACACACUCGGGAGCAGCAGCCGACUGCUAAGCGCCAUAACAUUUCAGGACUGGAAGCGAUGGCAGAGCAAAUAUGUGAUUAUAGACGGCGCGUAUUAAAAAGAGCUUGUGGAAAUGAUAAUCUUCACAGAGAAUGAAUUAGGCAAAGCUACCGUUCUCAUGUGAUAUUUCUCCUACUCACGGCCUUAAACUGCCCUGCUGCCCGUCUCUAAAAGCAACAAUGAGAAAUACAGACUUUAAAUAAUCAGUCAGAUUCAGACCCUUUUUUAAAAAAAAUAUUGAAUCUUUAAUUCAGAUGUUCCACCUCGGGGCCUUAUUGCGUGCCGACCCCCCCUUUUUUAAACCCACUUUUCAUUCGCGUGGCAGUGUUUGGACGAGCGAAUUUGGAGUUCAGACGCAGCCACUGCCAAAUAAGCAGAGGUGCUGAAUGAAGCAGAAAUAAGAUUUGUUAUUGGUUUAUUCCACUGAAAAACUGAAACAUUCCAUGACUUCACAGUGAAACCACACACACUCACCCUCUUGAAGAUAGAGACAAACUGGCACAAACGCACGUUGGUGUGCAGCAAGUGGACAAAUGUAAUCAACCUGUAGACUGUCGACAGUGAGUUGCCAUACAAAUACAUAGUUUGAUGUCUGAAUCGAAGGUUUUGUGAAUUUACAGUUGCUUUAGAGGCGCAUUUUAGAGUCAGCCCCUGCAUCCUGUAUUGGCUCUGUAGCAAGACACCGGCCAUAUUUAGAGAGUAUUACUCUUCAUACAUGUUUGUUUCUUUGUUCCUUUGUUUUUCAUUUUGGUUUUCUGAAGACUUUUGAAAAUGUUGACAUUAAAGAUAAUGACAUUCA